GCUGAGAUCGACGACAACAACAUGUAAAUGUCAACAAGAAAUUUCAUAUGUAUUCUCCGAUUGUCUGCUCUUAACAUGUUGCUCUCCAUGAAAUCCACAGAAUCAGAACGGGGAAAGAGCGAACCAAGAAUCCAUCCCACCUAGAAAACUAUCGACUCAUUUCUCGAGCGAGAAGCUAGGAGUAUCUACAAACGAACUCGACCAAAACCCAAAGACAAAGAAAUUGCCGUUUGGAAUCCAACCAUUGAGCUCUCUCUCCACCUCUUUCUUUCUUUACAUUUCCUCCAUCCCCAUUCAUAAUUCCAGAACAAAGGAACCCCAGAACAGCAUCCACGCCCCAUGGUCAAGAACCCAGCCAGUCAUGCACACCCACCACCACCAUCCUCCCGAUCCAUACAUAUCAUCACAUCAACACACACGCCACUCAAACCAGAAAACAACCGCCACCUCAAACCAUGUGCACAGGAACAACAACAACCCUCCUCUGCCCACACACCCUCAUCCACUACACAACCUACUGCCACUCCGCCUCCGCCUCCGCCUCCACUCCCUGUCCUUCCCCCUCGGGCCCGAAACAGCACCUGCGCGACACCUGCGCGGCGUGCCACCCGCCGUACCAACUCGCGCUGAUAAACCAGCACCACGACGCCUUGCGCGCAUCGCUGAUGCAGCGGCUGCGGAAGGCGCGCAGCGAGACGGAGGUGUGGGAGGUGCGGAGGCGGAUCGAGGAGGCGCAUGGGGAGAGGAGGAGGGAGGUGGGGCGGAUUGGGGGGAUGCGGUGGGAUGGAGUUGUGAGGUGGGGAGAAAAGGGGGAGGAUGAGGUUCUCUGUGAGUCUUCUUCUGAUUGUGGAGAGGGGGAGUUCCUUGCUUUUUGAGAGAGAGGAGAAGGACUAAUGAAUGAGUGUGGGUUUAGGGACGGAGGAUCCGAAGUUUAGGGAACAGAAACAGAGGGAGGAGGUGGUGAGGUGGAAGAGUGGGAGUAAGAGGAGAAGGUAUGGGAGUAAGGGUUGAAUUGUUGGAUCUGCUGGCCGGAGACACUUUUCACAGAGGGACUGAAAUUUAACAUGACUCUCAAAGCAAAUCUGGAGGUUCACCUAAGUACGUGAAGCAGAGUCAUUCUUUCUACUACAGCCAGAACUUUCCUCACC